AUCAUGACUCAUACAACUUAAGGGGUUGCCCUAGUUUGGAAUCAAAAUUGAACUUUUUUUUUGAUAAUAUAUUCAUUCAUUAAUAUCACUUGGAUACAAAAUUCUGGUUCAAUACUCAUCUCAACACUCACACUCACACACUUACACAUUGAUUGCCUUGUUUGCUUAUAUUGAUUGUUGACAUAAACACUUAACCAGUUUUCUGAUUUUUUCAAUGUUACCCAAAAGGUAAUUACUACUAAAUCAGUCUACUGGUCAACUGGAAUUACAUCAACACCAAUUGAUUAUUGCUCCAUUUUUAAUUCAAGUUAUUGGUAAAAAGAGAUAUUGAAAGUGACCAUUGAUUUGGUAGGAACAAUAAACACCAUCAAUAAAGUGAUUGAUUGGAGUUGCUUUUUUUAUAAUAUUUCGAUUUGAUUGUAAUACCUAAAAAUAGAAAUCAAAUCAGUGAUCAACUAAUCAACCAUGACCGUAACUUAUUCACUGAAUGUGGCCAAUACAAGACUCAGCGGGUUCGCUAAAUUGUUACUUCGUUGGAGAGGAUCAAUUUAUAAACUACUCUAUCGGGAGAUGAUUAUUUUCUGUGUCUUCUAUUACAGUCUAAGUCUCCUUUACCGUUACCUAUUAGAUCCAGACCAGCGAAGAGUAUUUGAAAAAGUUGCCUUAUAUUGUGAAGCCUUUUCCAAGUUGAUUCCUUUAUCAUUCAUACUUGGAUUUUAUGUUUCAAUUGUGGUCAGUCGUUGGUGGAAUCAGUAUAAUGCUAUUCCAUGGCCUGAUAAUCUUCUCAUGAUGAUCACUGGAACUGUUCUUGGUGACGAUGAACGAGGCCGACUAAUCAGACGGACCCUUGCUCGUUACCUGUUAAUCCUUCAAGCGGUCACUUUUCAAGCGAUAAGUAUAUCGGUUAAGCGCCGAUUCCCGACAAUAGACCAUCUCGUCGAAGCGGGUAUUAUGACUAAAGAGGAAAAACUUGCCUACAACGAUAUCCCUGGUGUCUAUGGUAAAUGGUGGGCACCCGCUACCUGGUUUACCACUUUGGCCAUUAGAUCAAGACGAGAAGGUCGUAUAAAAGAUGACACCAUGUUGAAGCAUUUACUUCAAGAAUUGUACAAAUUUCGAGGAGGUUGUGGUGACCUAUUCGCUUUCGAUUGGAUUUCAAUUCCACUAGUUUAUACUCAAGCAGUGACCAUUGCCGUUUACACUUAUUUUGCUGCCGUUAUCAUGGCUCGACAAUAUCUUGACCCUAGUCAAGGUUAUUCUGGACACGAGGUUGACCUUUACAUUCCAGUUUUUACUUUACUUGAAUUUUUCUUCUUCAUGGGCUGGCUCAAAGUUGCCGAGCAACUGAUUAACCCUUUCGGUGAAGAUGAUGACGAUUUUGAACUUAAUUACAUUCUCGAUCGUAACCUGGUUGUUUCCAUGUAUGUAGUUGAUCAAAUGCACAAUCAACUACCCAAACUUACCAAGGAUAAUUAUUGGGAUGACCUAAGACCUUCAUUACCUUAUACCAAAUCAUCAGUUGGUUUAAGAUCUCAACCUUAUCUUGGGUCAGCAAUGAAUCUUGAUAUUCAUCCAGAAGACUCAGAAUUUAUUCCUCCUUCACUGGAAACCAUCAUGGAAGAUGAUUUAAUCUCUGAAACUCAUACUCACCAUCGAUUCAAUCAACAUGGUAACAGUGAUUUGGCUUCUCCCUCAGUUGCUGAGCAAUUAGUUAAUUUUGAUUACAAUACAAAUGCUUGUGAUGUCUCUCUGGGCAUCGGAAGUCGACCUCAAUCAAGUGUCUCUCAAAGUGCCUUAAAUUCAAUACAUGAUUCGUUUCUUGGCUCUCGAAUCAUGAACAUGAUACUUGGAAGUUCAAACGAAAAUAUUACAUCACAGCAACAUGGUAACAUUAAAAGUUCCAAAGAUAAAUUAUCCGGCAAAGGUGAAAGUGGAGGCGGAUUUUCCAGUGCCUUGGGACAGUUUUCCUUGAAAUCACCUCGAAGACGAACCAGAAAAAUUUCAAUUCCAAAUAAUCUAAAGCCCUCAAUUUCAUCUUCAUUAAUAAGUAAAACUUCAAUGGAAGAUUUUGAUCGUAAAAUGGGCUCCGUUUCACCCAACACUGGUCGUCAUCGAAAUGUUCUCAAUGGUCUAUAUGGUAAUGACACUUCAUCAUCAACUUCAUCAUUCUCUCGUCACCAUCCUAAUCAUCCUCACCAUGCUCAUGGUAAUUCACAUAAUUAUCCGGAUGAACGUCGAUCUCUUGUCAUUGAUCUGGAUGAAAGUACAAAUCUUGAUACACCGAAACUUUAUUCACAAACUCAUCUUGGAUCAUCACAAUUAUCAAGAGCUUUCAGUGGUUCUAUUGAUGAAACUGGAUUAGGAUUAAGUUAUCCACCUUCUCGAGCCGAGAUACAAUCAGCUGGACCUGGAUCUCUAAGAAGUCAAAUUGAUUCAAAUGUUAACGAAGAUUCAACAGCCUCUCAUAGUCACAUUUUCCAUAGUUCAUCAUAUAAUAAUGAUGUUGAUUCAUCGAUAAUCAUGGAUGGUAUUCGAGGAAGUCCUAGCAUUCGAAGUGGUGAAAUAUUUGGUUCCUCAUAUUCAGCACUUGGACCAUAUUCAACGACUCAAUUGGGCGAAUCUUCAGAUAUAGAUGAUGGUAUUCCUAAUGGUCGAUGCAGUGUCCCUGGAUCCAAUGGUCUAAAUAGUGCUAAUAGUAAUAAUAAUAAUCAAAAUUCAGUUGAAAAUGACGCUGAAGAAUCACCUGAUCAUUCUGGUGAAUCAGAAACCUUUGACCACUCAUCAUCCCAUGAAAGUCUGGGUCCCUAUGGAAGUAAUCAAAGUACCGUUACAAGUAUCACUCAACUUUUGGGUAAAAGUAACAAGGAACACAAAUAACCUGAUCAAAAAUGGAUAACAAUCUUUAUGAUUAACUAAUAAUCUUUUAACGAUGAACAGAAUCUCUCAAUUGUCACAAACUUAUGGACCAAUUUAUUAUCAGAAUCAUUUUUUUUCUGGGAAAUUAAAUAUCACUCAUGAAAAAUUUACAUACAUACUUAUUGAUACAAUUCACUGGAAUUUAAUUGCUACUACUUAUACAUAUAUACUAAUUAUGAUACUUAAAUCAUGACUUAAAUACACUUGCAAUUUAUUUCGAUACUUUAAUCAACACAAACAACACAAUCCAAUUACCCAACUAUCAUCACCACUACUCUUGUAUGUAAUUCAAUAUACAUUAUGUAUAUUAUGAAUAAUCAAUGUAAAGUUUCAAUAAUGUUCAUGUUAUCAAUUGAAUAAUCAUUAUCAUUGUAAAUUUGUAAGAUUCAAAUGGAUUGCAAUUAAUGGAUUAAUAAUCAACAUGAUCAAUCUUUACUUUGGAUAUCAAACAAAAAAUUUAAUUAAUCAAAUUUGAUCGAACAACCUGAUUGUGAUAACCAAUGUAACUGAAAAUUUCCUUAAUUGUAAAUCAUCCGAAAGCUAAAAUCUUAUUAUUACAUGAGAUUCAUUUUUCA